AUGGCGACGAAUCAAGUUUUGGACACAAUCAUCAUCGGGGCUGGUUGGUCCGGUGCCGUCGCUGCGCGUGAACUUGCGAGCAAGGGCCGCAAGGUGUUGGUGCUAGAGGCUAGAGACAGAGUCGGAGGACGUGCAAAUACAUGGGUGAAGGGGGACGUCAAGGUUGACGUGGGAUGCAGCUGGAUCCACGGUUACAAGGAGGGCAACCCUGCUAGAUAUAUCGCACAAGACCUUGGUGUUGUCGCGCAUCUGCCCAAAGCCGCCGAAGGUGUGGUUUACGGCCCGGACGGCCGUCUCACCAGCUCCGAGGCUGACGGUCUUCGCGCGUCCCUGGGGGCUGCGCAUGCGUCUGCUAAGCUUCCUCACCCAUCUCCCCCGCCCGAUGUUUCACUUGCAUCCGCCCUCUUCGCCGAUAAAUCAGCACUGGUUGCAUCGGACCACAAAGACUUGGCCAUCGCACUUGCUCGGUCCCUGGAGAUCCCUUUGGGGCUCAAGCUCGAGAAAGCAUCUUUGAAGUGGUCAGGAUGGGAGACUGCGACCGCCUUCGCCGGCUCUGAUGCUGCCCCCGAGGGAGGAUACGAGGCCUUGGUCAACAAGGUCGUCGACGAUGCCAAGGCAAAGGGCGCCGAGGUGAAGCUGAGCACCAAGAUUGCUGGUGUGUCACAGAGCGAGGACGGAGUCAUUGUGACCGAUGCCCAGGGCAACAAGUUCACCGCGAAGACCGCCAUUUCCACUAUCCCACUUGGCACCCUCAAGGCUCUCCCGGAGAGCACCUUCAACCCUGCCCUUCCUCCUCGCUUGCAGGAGGCGAUCAAGGGCACUCAUGUCGGGGUGUUGGAGAAGCUCCUGCUUCAGUACCCGACAGCCUGGUGGCCAGAGGCCGAUAAGGCGGGCUCAUACACUUUCUUGCCUACCUCUACAAAGCCCGUCACCGAGACCUCGGCGCCUACCGAGAUCUUUGAGGCAUCUACCUUGGUCUGCGCCAACUUCGCCAGCCCGUCCCUCCCUGGCGCGAGCCCGACCCUCCUAACGUAUCUUUCUGAAACCCCUGCCACCGCCCUUCUUCGCUUCGACCCCAAGGAAGUUGCCGCAGCCUACCACAAGUUCCUCGUCUCCCGUUUCAAGCCUUCCUCCCAGCCUCCGGAACCGGUCGAGACCAACUUGACGAACUGGUUGACAGAUGAAUUUUCGCGCGGUGCCACGACGACCCCAUCCAUCGUCUCGAACAAUGGCGAGCGAAGCCCUCUCGACUUCAAGGAACUGAGCAGGCCCGUCUGGGACGGCAAGCUUGGAUUUGCCGGCGAGCACACUGAGAUGGAAAACCGCGGAAGUGUUGCUGGCGCGGUUAUCAGUGGCUACCGCGAGGCCGAGCGCGUCGGAAGGCUGUUGAGGUUGAUCGAGGAGAGUGCGAAAUUGUAA